CCCGGAGACGUGGACAAACUCUACACAAUGGGCCAAGUUGCAUUCGAGACGACCAAGCCACUCAUUGAUACCACCCUGACAGGAUCGCAUGAGACAGCCGAUCGUAAACAAAAGCUGCUGAAUGAAUUCAGGAGUACAGCGGCCAAGUGGAUGGAGUCAGAUGACCAUCCCCAAGACCCCGAGACCAACAGGGCCAUCCCUGCCAUCCUGAAAGGCUGGAUGCUGAGGGAUCGCCAACCCAAGACCAACAGGGCGAUCCCUGCCGUCCUGAAAGGCUGGAUGGUGAGGGAUCGCUGGCAGUAUCUCCGGGAGGACUGCAAGGCCUUUAUCAACGACCAACCAUUGAAGGAAUUCACCUGCCAUGCAGAGAUAGAGAAGUUGAUCAGGGAGAGCGAAAAGAUCAGGAAAAAGAACAUCAAGCAGUUUGAGAAAGAGCUGAAAGAGCACCACGCUGAGAGGGAGCGAGAGCUGAAUAAGAUCAGGGCAGCCGAGAUGAAAGAGAGGAAGCCGUUGGAGAGAAUCAUCAGGAAAGAGAAAAAGAAGCAGCGCAAGGCAGAGGAGAAGGCCAAGAAGGCGCAGAUCAAGGCCUUGAAGGAGCAGGAGCAGAGAUAUGGAGAGAUACUGCUGCAGGAAGCACUGGCCAUGGUUGAGGCCAAGAAGGCCCAGCAACAGGCUGGGGCCCAGGGAGAGGGGCAGGGGCAGGGCCAGGGGGAGACAGAGCGUAGGCGCUGAAGGCUCUUCUCCCUGAGAAGAUCAU